AUGAUAUAAAGUUCCACUCGUAACCGUUCUGAACAACUAAUUUAUUAACGAAGACAACAAGAAUAAUAAGUGGGCAAGUUGAGCACCAAGUUAAGAUAGGAGCAAUAUGAAAAAACCUUUGCGGCUUGGGAGAAUAAGGGAAAGGAUGUUGCCAAUUAGUAAUACAUGAAGAAUAGGUUUGCAAAUUAUUAUAUAUAAAGACUGCAAUAGAUAAGAGCUGAGGCUGAAGAACAUAAAGGAUAAAGGAAAUAAAAAUUGGCUGCUUUGUUAAAUGCUGAACAUGAAUAAUAUCAACAAGAAAUCAAAGCUAUGGUUGAGACUCCAGAAUAGGUUAAGGAGAGAAUGAUGAAAGAAGUUGCAGAAUUGAAACAAAGAAAGGAGAUUGAGAGAUCUAAGUAGGCAGAAGCAGCAUAUGAACGAAGAUUUAGAGAUAAUGCUGAUGAACUCAGAUUAGUGAACUAGCAAUUUAAUGAAUAACAAGCUGUUGCUUACAGAAACAUGUAAAUGAUGGAAAAAUAGAAAUUAUUAGAAGACCAAUAUGAAGGUAUUAUAAAUGUGCUAUUUGAAACUAGAGGAAAUGAUUUAUGCAGAAUUAUACAGAAGGGAAAUUUUAAAGAAGGAGAGACUAGAAAAGGAAAAAGAAAUUUAAUAGAAAGCCAAAGUAGAUGAGAGAAACAAAGUUUUAGGUAUUCAGGCUUCAAUGAAUGUUAAUAAGUUUUAAAGAAUCAAGGAUGAAAUUGAACAAGAGAAAUAGAUGCUUGUAAGAUAAUGAGAUUUUAACAUUUUAGAGAGAAGAAUGGAAAAGAGAAGAGGAGAGACAUAAAUAAAGAGAACUUUAAUAUUUGAAUUAUAAAAAGGAAAUUAAUUAAGAAAUUGCGUUAAAUAAUGAAUAAUAAAAAGAAUAUAAAAAAUAAAUAAAGUAAGAAGAAAGGAAAUAAGAUAAAGAAAUGAUCUAGCAAGUCUUAGAGAGAGAAGAAGCCAUUGCUAGGAUGGAAUAAGCAGAAAAACUAAGAUAAAAAGAAGAAACUAGAUAAUUUUUACUUAAUUUUAAAAACAGAACUAAUGAAUAUAGUGUAAAUGAUUAAUUGAAGGAAAGAUUGAUCAACGAAGAGAAUACUCGUUAAUGGGAAAAUAAAGAGGCUAAAUGGAAGGCUGAAGAUGUAAUCUUGCAAUUAAUUUUAGGAUGCUAGAGUUAAAUUAAUGUAUGAAGUCUAUGCUUAGCGAGCAGAAAAUGUAGAAUUAAAGAAGAAACUAAUCGAAGAUGAAAAAAAUAUUAAGUAGCAAGAUAAGGUGGAAUUAUUACGAUAGUUGGAUUUAUAUUAGAAAGAACUAGAGGAAAAGUAAAGACUAGAAUAAGAAGUAAAAUACAUAUUUAAUCGAAGAAAAUUAUGUAAACUAAAAACAAUUUGUUGAAUCAAAUGGAUGAGAAGAAACAAAGAUAAUAAAUGUUAAGAGAUAAAAAACUCCAAGAAGAAGAAGCACUUCGUAGAUAGAAAGAAGAGUAUGAGAAAAAAAUAGAAAUGGAAAAAGCUAAAGGGCGUGCUUUGCUCGAUGAACUUAGAAAAUAAAGACCUUAUUGA